UGUCAAGACAGCAAACAGGACAGGCUGUCUCUCUUUACUGUCUCUCAUGUAUAUCUUCCAACAGGACAGCAGUGAAUUAUAUUAAUAUUAAUCUACACUCCAUUACAAACUGUACCUGAGGACUCUUCUGUGGCUGAAACACUCUCAGGAAUCAUGGUCCGUGUCGCAGCGCUGAUCACUUUUCUGACUUGUGUGCUGCUGUCCGAGGCCCAACAUGAGCCGGGCAUGUGCUCUUUCUACGAGGAGUGUGGAAGGAACCCAUCGGCCGGAGAAACCCUCCUCCCCCCCAUCGUCCCGUGUCUGAAUUACAGCCCUGCCCGAGCCCUCGCAGGAGAGCACUACAGGAAACUCAAAAAGGUUUGUCCCGUUUUGGACCGCGGGGAGGGCAACACGUUUGCCUGCUGCUCCAUCAAACAGCUGUCAUCCUUGGCAAUGAGUCUGACCCUGUCCAAGGCGGUGCUGGUCCGCUGCCCGUCCUGCGCCGAGAAUUUCGCCCACCUGCACUGCAUCAACACCUGCAGCCCCAACCAAAGCCAGACCGUCAAAGUCACAAAAGUCGACAACGUCACAAACCCGGUCACCAACGUGACGAGGGAGGCCGUGGUAGCCUACCAGGCGUUCAUAAGCACUUCCUUCGCAGACACAUCGUUCCAGUCCUGUAGGAAUGUCCGGAUCCCCGCCACAGGCGGCUUCGCCAUCGCCACAAUGUGUGGUCGAUACGGUGCCAAGCUGUGCACACCGCAGUACUGGUACGACUUCCAGGGCGACUCCAGCAACGGCCUCGCUCCGCUGGACAUCGACUUCCAGCUGGUGAAAGACGGAGACACUCAGGGACUACCGCCGGGCGUGAUUCCCUACAACGGGCGAGCUCUGAGGUGUAACGAAACAACGCCAUCCGGAGGCGAGGUUUGCUCCUGCCAGGACUGCCAGGAGUCGUGUCCGAAGAUGCCGCCUCCGCAGAUGCCGCCUGGCCCGUUCAGAAUUUUAGGAAUGGACGGUUUCCUGGUGAUUUCCAUAAUCUUACUGUGUGUCCUGAUGUGUACCUUCCUUCUCUACCUCGCCGUGUCGUGCUUUGUGAGGUCUCAGAAAAGAAAGGAUGAAGAGAAAGGGAAGAGAAAGGGGAAAGGCAAAGACCAGAACAGUAACGAUGUGACUCAGCGGGUCAUCGACCCGUCGGAGGUGACGUGCGCCGAGAUGAACAGCCUGGCAGCUCAAGCUUUCCUGAGUUCAGAGUUUCGCCGCUGGGGAACCAUCAUGGCCUCAUAUCCGCUCACGGUUCUGCUGGUGUCUGCGGUAGUCGUAGCUGUUUUCUCCGUCGGCCUGAAGUCCAUCGAGCUGACCACCGACCCGGUGGAUCUCUGGUCGGCGGCCAACAGCCGCGCCCGCCAGGAGAAAGACUUCCACGACUCACACUUCGGCCCGUUCUUCAGGACCAAUCAGCUGAUCCUGACGGCGCCGGGCAGAAAGGGCCACGUUUACAACUCUCUGCUGUUCGGACCGCAGAACUUCAGCGGACUCGUAUCCAAAGAUCUCAUCAUCGAGCUGCUGGAGCUGCAGACACGAAUCCGGGACAUUAAGUUCUGGUCUGAGGAUCUGAACAGCACAGCGAGUCUGAAGGAUGUGUGUUUCGCGCCGCUGAACCCGUCCAACCCCUCCGUGACGGACUGCGCAGUCAACAGCUUGCCGCAGUACUUCCAGAACAGCCUGUACAACAUCAACGACAAGAAGAACGUGACGCAGCUGGGAGUGACCGCAGAGGUGGACUGGAGGGACCAUUUAAUCUACUGCCUCAACUCUCCCUUGUCCUUCAAAGACAUCACUGGUUUAGACAUGAGCUGCAUGGCUGAUUACGGAGCUCCCGUCUUCCCCUUUCUGGCUGUAGGAGGCUACCAGAAUGACGACUUCACCAAUGCCGAGGCUUUCAUCCUGACCUUCUCGCUCAACAACUUUGCUCGCAACAACCCAAAGUUAAAAGUGGCCAUGCAGUGGGAGACGGAGUUUCUUAAAAUCGUCCAGGACUACAAGAAGAAUCCGGCCGCCAACUUCACCUUUGCGUACAUGGCAGAGAGGUCUCUGGAGGAUGAGAUUAAUCGGACAACAGCUGAAGACAUCCCCAUCUUCAUGAUCAGCUAUGCUGUCAUCUUUGUUUACAUCGCGGUGGCGCUGGGGGAGUACUCUUCCUGGAAACGCAUACUGGUGGACUCUAAGUUUCUGGUGGGUCUGGGCGGGAUCCUGGUGGUCGGCUGUUCGGUUCUGGCCUCCAUGGGUUUCUACUCCUGGAUCGGCAUCCCGUCCUCGCUGGUUAUUCUGCAGGUCGUGCCUUUCCUGGUGCUCGCCGUCGGAGCCGACAACAUCUUCAUCUUUGUUCUGGAGUACCAGAGAGACGUACGGAGGCCGGGAGAGAAGAGAGAGGAACACAUUGGUCGUGUACUUGGAAACGUAGCUCCCAGCAUGCUCCUGUGCAGUCUCUCCGAGUCCAUCUGCUUCUUUCUAGGCGCCCUGUCCACCAUGCCAGCGGUGCGAUCCUUUGCUCUGUACGCCGCUCUGGCCGUGCUCAUGGACUUCGUCCUCCAGAUGACGGCCUUUGUGGCGCUGCUGUCGCUGGACGCCCGGCGCCAAGACAACAACCGCUGUGAGCUGGCGUGCUGCGUCACCGUGUCGACCCAGCGGUCCAACGAACCAAACGAGGGCUUCCUGCUGCCCCUCAUGAGAAAAUACUACGCCCCUGUUCUGCUACACAGUUACACCAGGAUCAUAGUGAUGGUGGUCUUCAUCUUCAUGCUGUGUGGAUCCGUGUUCCUGAUGUUUAACGUGACCGUGGGUCUGGAUCAGGAGCUGGCUAUGCCUCAGGGCUCCUACAUGUUGGACUAUUUCCACUAUCUCUACAAGUACUUUGAAGUGGGAGUCCCUGUUUAUUUUGUAACAAAAAGAGGCUUCAACUUCACCACCGUGGACGGCAUGAACGCAGUCUGCUCCAGCACGGGCUGCGAUCAGUUCUCACUCACCCAGAAGAUCCAGUACGCCACCAACUACCCUGAACUAUCCUACUUGGCUAUUCCUGCUAACUCCUGGGUGGACGAUUUCAUCGACUGGCUGAACCCCGGAUCCAGAUGUUGUCGUCUCUACACCACCCUUGGCUCAAAUAACGGAAAGUUUUGUCCUGCAAGCGAACCUGACAUCCGAUGCCUCCGAAAGUGUAUGAAGAAUCCUCCAGACGGCGUCCUCAGGCCAAGUACGGAAAAUUUCAACCGCUUCCUCCCUGACUUCCUGGGGAACAGGCCGGACCUGCAGUGCCCCAAAGGCGGUCUCGGAGCCUACGACACGGCCGUCGUGCGAGAUGAGAGCGGAGAAAUUAUAGCGUCUCGCUUCAUGGCGUACCACACCCCGCUAACCAACUCUCAGGAGUUCACCGCCGCGUUGCUGAAGGCCAGAGAGCUCGCAUACAACAUCACCAUGAGCAUGAGGAACGUAUCCGGCACCUCACCGGACUUUGAAGUCUUCCCUUACACGAUAACGAACGUGUUUUACGAGCAGUACCUGACCAUCGUGCCGGAGGGCCUCUUCAACAUCUCCCUGUGUCUGUUGCCGACCUUCGUGGUGUGCUGCCUGCUGCUGGGUUUGGAUCUGCGCUCCGGUCUGCUCAACCUGCUCACCAUCAUCAUGAUCAUCGUGGACACCGUGGGCGUCAUGACGCUGUGGGGCAUCCAUUACAACGCCGUGGCGCUCAUCAACCUGGUCACGGCGGUGGGAAUCUCGGUGGAGUUUGUGUCUCACAUGACGAGAUCUUUUGCACUCAGCACCAAACCCACUCACGUAGAAAGAGCCAAGGAGGCGACGGCCAACAUGGGCAGCGCGGUGUUUGCCGGCGUGGCGAUGACCAACCUGCCGGGCAUCCUGGUUCUGGCGUUCGCCAAAGCUCAGCUGAUCCAGAUCUUCUUCUUCCGGUUGAACCUGGUCAUCACGCUGCUGGGGCUGGCACACGGACUCGUGUUCCUCCCAGUGCUGCUCAGCUACUUUGGUCCCGGGGUGAACAAAGCCGUGCUGCUACAGCUGCAACAGGACAAAGCGAAGGCCGCCAAAGAUCUGGAGAUGAGGAACCAAAUCAGACACGCGUACGACAACCUGAGCUACGAAGACCACGACAGCAGACGGGACGACGAGUCCAAGACGCCGCAGACGGAAGGACGCACACGCUCACACGUUACGGAGAAACCAGAGGGCAAGACGGAGGUGAAGAUCGACCGAUUCUGAGCAUCGAUAUACCUCCGAACAAACUGAACAGAAAGCUCCGCAUGGACAUCACUAACUUAACGUUGGACCUCAAUCCGGGACAGACGCGGAUUCUUUUCAGACUGUUUUUCUGUUUUACAAAAAAAAAUCUGCAAAUGCAGCGAGCACGUGUGACUUGUAUAUCGAUCCGUGACUCGUGUGUAAAUGCGGAGCGAUUUGUAUCUGUAAAUGUUUGGCUGUGCAACAUGACAUCAUGACUUCACGUAAACAUACACGCCCACUUUCUAAAGCCAAGUGGCGUGUUAACUGGACGCAUUUUCAGCUAUCGGCGUGUUUGUCCACGCUGUAUACAGCGGACGUACACAUACAAGCCACUUGGCGUGUUAUCGCGAAGUUUUAG